AUGACCGACCAAAAUGUUUUCCAGUCAACAGAAUCAAGCAAGACGCAAUCCAGCCAUGCCGCUACCGCCUCAAUGGACGACACCAAGGAAAGAAGUCGAGCAUUGAACCAGAAGCUGGAUUUUGCUCUCCUUCCCCUCCUGUCUCUCCUGUACCUCUUCAAUGGCCUUGACCGAGGUAAUGUUGGCAAUGCCGAAACACAAGCCUUUUUCUGCCGCUGCUGGGCGUUUGGUUGGGGUGCAGUGACUAUCGGCCAGGCUUUUAUUAGAGGACGCAGGGCACUCAUUGCUACACGAUUACUCAUUGGAGCCUUCGAGGCGGGAUUUUAUCCCACAGCCGUGGCGUACUUGUCAUUCUUUUACCCACGAUAUGAUUUCUGUGUCAGACUUGCUCUUUUCUAUGGACAAUACGCAAUUGCCGGUGCCUUCUCCGGCUCAAUUUCAUACGGAAUCUUCCACCUCCGUGGAGGCGGCCUCAAGAACUGGCAGUACCUAUUCCUAAUCGAGGGGGCUCUAACUUGCUUCUUUGCCAUCGUCGCCUGGCUAUGGCUACCCAAAGGUCCAGGCUCUGCCUGGUUCCUUCGACCAGACGAACGAGAGCUUGCAGUCGAACGGAUGAAACAAGAUAAUGCCGAAUUUGUCGAGCACGAGUACAGUGAAGAUGGUAUAGAAAAGAAUCGUUUGAGCAAGAGGGAUUUCGUCGAGACGCUUAAGGACUGGAAGCUCUGGACUGUCCUAGUGCUAAACAUUUGUGCCAGUGUGCCCAGCAGUGCCUUUUCGGUUUUCCUGCCCCUUGUUGUUCAGGGGUUGGGAUACGAGUCUAUUCUCGCAAACUUGAUGACUGUCCCUCCCUUUGUCUGUGGCGCUCUUGGCCUCUACAUCUUUGCCCUCAGCUCCGACCAUCACAAGGAGCGGGGUUAUCAUAUUCUGGGCGGUUUAGUGAUCGGAAUUGUUGGCCUAAUCCUUACCGUCACGAUUACCUCAAGAACCGGGCAGUAUAUAUCACUAUGCGUGCUGCUCUCGGGCGUGUACAUUUCUGCUCCCCUUACCAUGGCCUGGCUCAGCGGCAACACACCAGAGCCUGGCAAGCGAGCGCUUGUGCUUGGUGUCAACGGAUUCGGUAACCUUGGAGGCGUGAUCGGUGCACAAUUGUACCGACAGCGUUACAAGCCCCAUUAUAAGCUUCCGUUCUAUAUCACGUUGGGCUUUCUAGCUAUCGCGCUGGUCGGAUAUGUUUCAUAUCGAUUCAUGCUUGCAGCGGUUAACAAGCGUAAGACGGCGAUAUUGGACACCAUGACACCUGAAGAGAUUGAGAGCGAGAGGCUCAAUGACCGUCGCUACGCGGAUAAAAAGUUCACUUUCAUGUAUGGACUGUGA